CGGUUUAUCUUGGAAAAGUAAUGCGUUUAAUACCCACGGGAAUAAUUGAUCGCAAAAAGUACUAAGUAGAUAUGGAUUCUCAAUAUAACAGAUGGAGCGAUUAGUCGUCUGUUAAUUGGUUGAGUAGAAGUUAUAAUUUCCUGUUCAUUCUUGUGAGGUUUUGAUUGUUUUGAUUUCGCCUUUGUUCGAUCAAACUCCUUGUUUUCUUUGUUUACUUCUGUUUUUAUGUUUUGUUGAAAAUCAUAAAAAACAGCAAAAUGAGAACAGGAUUUUAUAAGAUUGAUCUAAACAAAACAGAAUGGGAAGUCCCAGACAGCUAUCAAAUGCUAUCACCUGUAGGCUCAGGUGCUUAUGGACAAGUGUGCUCGGCGGUUGACUCAAGAACAGAGAACAAAGUAGCUAUAAAAAAACUUGCUCGUCCUUUCCAAUCUGCUAUUCAUGCCAAAAGAACAUACAGAGAACUAAGGUUAUUAAAACACAUGAACCACGAGAAUGUGAUUGGACUAUUGGAUGUCUUUACUCCUGCUUCAUCACUGAGUGAUUUUCAGGAUGUUUACAUGGUCACUCAUUUGAUGGGAGCUGACUUGAACAACAUAGUAAAAACCCAAAAACUAUCAGAUGAUCAUGUUCAAUUUUUGGUCUAUCAAAUCUUGCGUGGACUAAAGUACAUUCACUCUGCUGGAAUUAUUCAUAGAGAUUUAAAGCCUUCCAACAUAGCAGUCAAUGAAGACUGUGAACUCAAAAUUUUAGAUUUUGGUUUGGCUCGACCGACAGAAACCGAGAUGACUGGUUACGUGGCGACACGCUGGUACCGAGCUCCAGAGAUUAUGCUGAACUGGAUGCGUUAUUCUCAAACAGUUGAUAUUUGGUCCGUUGGAUGCAUUAUGGCAGAAUUACUUACAUCUAGAACACUUUUUCCAGGAACUGACCACAUCGAUCAACUGAUGCGUAUCAUGGCACUAACGGGGACGCCAAAUGUUGAGCUGUUGGUUAAGCUGGGCAGUGAAGAGGCAAGAAACUACAUCCGCUCACUUCCACCGAUGAAAAGGAAAGAUUUUAAACAAGUUUUCAAAGGCGCCAGCCCUUUAGCGAUUGAUUUAUUGGAGAAAACUCUUGAGCUUGAUGCAGACAAGCGAAUUAACGCCGAAGAAGCUUUGGCACAUCCAUAUUUGGCUCAAUACGCCGAUCCAAGCGAUGAGCCCACGUCCCAUCCUUACGACCAGUCAUUUGAAGACAUGGACCUCACAGUUGAAGAAUGGAAAGAACUCGUUUACAAGGAAGUCAUAAGCUUUGUUGAAUCGAUGGCAGUCGCUGGGUCCUCAGAAGUGAUCGGUACCGAGUGAAAAUCUUCCUGAAUCACGCUUUUGACCGUUUUUUUCUUAAUUUUUAUCGUGUUGCUUUAGAUUUUAAAACUUUAAUUGACUUGCUACCGCAUUUGAAACUUGUUGACUCCUUUGACUCCUGUGCGCCUUUUAUAACUAGCAAUAAAAUGUUAAGGGCGGUUUGUGAAGUGCUUAAAAAUACCUUCGAACUGUGUGAUGCUAUUUGAUGAUAGACUGUAAUCUGUAUCCAUCCGGUUAAAGAUAUUGCAAAUGUUUAUUUCCCUGAGACCCAUCUGUUAUAUCCCUCAUGCCUUCCGUCGAUAGUUUGUGUUGGGGCUUCAUAUAUCCCAAACAAUUCGAAAAAAAAGCAAGUACUGGAAGCCGAUGCAAUAAUCCGACUUUUAAUUAUUUGUAGUGUGUAUGUGACUGCUGGGUCGACGUGUUGCCAGAAAAAAAAAAACAAUAAACUUAGAUUGCAACCCA